AUGGCUCCUCGAUACAGCAAGGCUUUUUUCCCAGCAGAGGGUGCUUCCUCUUCAUCAUUCGAUCAGGACUUUCAUGAUCAAAUCGAGUUUGAGUCUGAACCGGAGGGUAGUGAGUCUGCGGGAUCUGAACAAAGUGGUUCAAGCAAUCAGGACGGUUCUAGCAGUCAAGAUGAUGCCAGCAGUCAAGAUGGCUCCAACAGUCAAGAUGGUUCCAACAGUGCUGCAAGUACUUCUGACGAGGAGCGCAGCGACUCCGACUUUCUAGACGAAAUGAUAGCGGCGUUCGAAUUUAACGCCUUGGCCCUUUCCGCCUUUGAACUGUACUGUGAGCAGUUUAAAAACACAACCUUGUCCCUCAUCCUGCCGUCCGAACAGACCCGAUGUGCCUCGCUUCUCAUUGAACUAAUCGACGCCAUGUACGACGAGCUCGAGGGCAAAGGAGAGAGGGACGCAGUAUCCCAGGCACUAAGGGCGUUUCGCGAUUACGAAACAUCCAUGGUACGUCGCGCACGCUUUGCCAAUCCAGUGAGAGUCGGCCAGGCCGUGUUCGGUGAUGACGGUGGGGACGUGGCCGCGGCCGGCACCUCUCGGCGCUCUCGGCGUGUCGCUGGCCAAAACCCCCUGGUCCACAUGGAUAGGGUGGUUCGAUCCCGGCCCGACGAGUUCAUUCUUAAUGCCGUGGUGGUUGCAUGGGAUGCCCACUCUCGUCGUCGACGUGGUGAGUAG